AUGACCCUAACCUUGCCCUAUGAAAAGAAGGUUAGAAUAUUCGAGAUGGUCAGCACAAUUUUAGAGAUGAAGGUAGUAACAAUCAAGAUGCUAGCUAGGUGCAUAGGAGUGUUAGUAGCAGCUUGCCCUGCAGUAGCUUACGGCUGGUUACAUUAUAAAUAUUUAGAAACACUCAAGGGAGAUGCGUUAACAAUUCAGGACUACAAUAUGUACAAAUCAGUACAUCUAGACACAAAAGCUAGAGAAGAACUAGAAUGGUGGAAGGCUAAUAUUUUACCUUCUUACAACAAAAUUAGGUCAAAUAUAUUUGACUUAACUAUUUUCUCUGAUGCUUCUAAGACAGGCUGGGGUGCUACCUGUGAGGGAAUGAAAGCAAACGGUUUUUGGGACAGUCAGGAGAGAGAGCUACACAUAAACUUAUUAGAACUUCGAGCAGCAUUUUUCUCAUUAAAAUGCUUUUUAUCACAAAGAACUGGUAUUCAGGUCCUGUUGAGAAUUGACAAUAUUACAGCGAUAGCGUACAUUAAUAAGAUGGGAGGUACUAAACAUGAAGACCUGCAUAUUGAAGCUAAGAAAAUUUGGAAUUGGUGCGCUAAGAGAGAAAUUUGGAUUUUUUCGGAAUACGUAGCAUCAAGAGAGAACAGGGCAGAUGAGGGUUCCAGAAUCAGUAAUCUAGACACAGAGUGGGAGCUAGCAGAGGAGGCUUUUAAGGAAUUAGUUAAGGAGUUUGGUAGCCCAUCCAUAGAUUUAUUCGCCUCACGCAUAAAUAGAAAAUGUUUAAAAUAUUGUUCCUGGGAGAGAGACCCAGAUGCUUUCGCUAUCAAUUCUUUAACCAUUUCCUGGAAGCAGGAUUUUUGGUAUGCUUUCCAUCCAUUUGCGUUGAUACCUAGAAUACUAAAGAAAAUCAGGGAGGAAUAUUCAACAGGCAUCUUAGUGGUCCCCUUAUGGACUGAGCAGAACUCAUCCAUUGGCCUCGGAGCUUACCCUGGUGUCAGGGAUACUGUCAGGCAGAGUUUUAAGAAAAAGGACCUGGAGGAGGCGACAAUAGAGAUCAUGUUAUCAUCAGUGGCCAACAGCACAAUGAAGCAGUACAAUUCAGCCCUAGAAUAUUGGUGGAAAUUUUGUAAGGAAUCAGCGUUAGAUCCAUUCAACGCAGGAGAUAAGGAGAUUGUUAACUGUUUAACUAGAAAGUUCAACGAGGGUGCGGCGUAUGGUACGCUCAAUUCACUUAGAUCAGCUAUUGCCUUAAUCAAUCAAGAGAAUAAUUCAGACAGCCCUCUCUUAAAUAGAUUCUUCAGGGGUGUUUUUAGAACCAGGCCAACUGCACCAAAGUAUUGUUGCACAUGGGAUGUGGAGGUUGUUCUUAAUAUGUUAGAAACUUGGAAUCCACUGUCAGCGUUAAGCCUUCAGAAUCUUACUUUUAAGUUAGUAUUAUUAUUAGCUUUAGGAUCAGCAUUCAGAGUACAAUCUAUUGCUCUAAUUAAGAUAAAGAACAUCAGGUUUUUGAGUAAUGGAGUAGAGAUCAGAAUUUCAGAUCUUAUCAAAACCUCAAGGCCAGGAUCAAAGGAUCCUAUAGUGUUUUUUCCUUAUUUUCCUCACAGAGAAACACUUUGUAUUGCAAGAACUUUAAUAUUUUAUAUUGAGAAGACUAGAGAUUUACGAGGCAAUACAGACGAAUUAUUUAUUUCUUUUAUAAAACCUUUUAAAAAAGUAACUUCCCAGACGAUAAGCAGAUGGAUUAGAACAGUCAUGAGACAAGCAGGUAUCGAUGAGUUCUUCACUGCCCAUAGUACAAGGCAUGCAUCUACAUCAAGAGCUCUAAGGGAAGGAUUAGAUAUUGGUACCAUACGGAAUGCAGCCAGCUGGUCUGAGAACUCAAAGGUUUUUGCUAGAUUUUAUAACAGACCUAUUGUUAAGAGUACAGAUAGGAAUUUCGCAGCAGCAGUUAUUGCAUAA